CGUUGCCUGUCCCCAAGUUCUCCGUUUUUUUGGAGCCAUUACUGUAAAUGCAACCAGCGUUGGAGGAGAAAAACACUAACAACAUCGUCUGUUUCGCGACUAAAACCUGAAAAAUAUCAAAAACAUAAAGAAAGUGCCGUGAAAACCGGGGGAAAACCCGCCGCAGCAAAGUGAAAAGUGGGAGUUGGAGUGGGUGACAGAAAGAGACGGGAAGGGAGCACCACACGGCGGUGGUGGGUGUUCGUUCGCAUUGGUAUGCGUGUUGGUGUUAUCGCCAGCAGCAGUGAGUUGCUCCAAAUUCGCGGCGUCGGCGCAGAAGGACACUCUCUCCCACUCUCUCCGGUGCUGCUCUAAACGGAACAGGAUAUUUUAUUAUACUGAAAUUCGUACGCAGGAAAUUCGCAUAGUUGUGAAAGCUUCGCGCUGCCACACGGACGCAUUCCGCUGCUGGCUCCCCCGCACUCACACACUCUCACCCGCGCGCACCCACAUACACUCGCUGACACACACUCGCGCAGAAAUCAAUUAAAACGCAUAGAUAAGUUGCAGUUUUUUGUGAACCAAAACAUGUUGAAAUUAACUCACAAAUUGCGCAAAAAAUGCCGCAGCAAAAAAGUCGCAGCAGCAGCAGUCGCACCAGCAGCAGCAGCAGCAGCGGUGGUGAAAAAAUUGUGAAACGGCCAACGAAAGUAGUGGAAAAGCAACGAACGGAUAAAGGAGAGAGAACCGAGAAGAGAAAGGAUGCAAUGACCACCGAAACGGCAGUUUGUCUCUAACGGUAGCAAAUACAACGUAGCCUCGCAUUCUUGCAUUUUUGCAUCAUCGCGUAUUCUCACAGCCCCCGGAAGCAGCAGCAGCAUCAGCGGAAAUUAAAACAAAUCGAAGCCGAAAUAAAAGAGCGAGCAAGGAAUACAGAGGAAAGAGAGGAGAGAGAGCCAUAAAGGAAGAGAGCAAAGUGCAUCCUCAGCUUUACAACACGGCACACAUUUACGACCGGUGACUGCAACUGGAAUCCUCAUUCUCCUCCAACCCCCUGCCUCUUCCUACCCCGUCGUCAUCCUGGUCCAUCAUCGCCGCAUCCCUCCCCUGCUCCGCCAUGUUGUUGUCAUUUGCAAUUUGUGAUCUCAUGUUCUCAUAACUUGGGCAGCAGACGUUGGCACGGAUUAGACGAAAAAACGUCAAGUUCCCAAAACUGCAGGAACUCUACUCACAACACACAACGAGCAACGAAUAAAUCGAACUUGCAUUUUUAUAUCGCAUUUUUGUAAGGAACCAAAUAACGGAACGUGUUCAGCAUUGACCAAAUGCCAUCGCAGCAAGCAACUCGAGCUAUACGUGUCCCAUGAAAACAGACGGCAAUUAAUAGAAUAGUUGCCUUUUGAACGACGAACCCCACCCAAAGGCGAGAGAGGAGGAACGAGGAAAGGACGCAGGAUAUUCCCCAAUCGGAUCCCCACUAAUAAAUGCAGUGGAAGAAGAAGUUUACUCGAUUGAAAGCAGCUACUGGAAAUUCGCGUGUGCGAAGAAUGCUUUGUUGUGGACGUAGAAAGGAGAAUGGAAGAUCAGUUCCUGAUGUUACUGCUAGCCCGGGACGUGCUCCGCCCGGCCCGCUGCCCGCCAACCAGCUGUCCUCGUUGGGUAACCAGCAGCAACAGCAGAUGCACCACCAGGGCAACCAGCAGCAGCACCACCACCAUCAGGGUAACCAGCAGCAUCAUGGCAACCAGCAGCAGCAGCAUCAUGGCAACCAUCGUGGCCAGAGCGGCGGCUCCAUGUCGAACUCUGGCGGUGGGGGAGUCAAGGAUCCGGUGAUGUUGCAGGGUGACUUCCGCAAGGUCAGCGGCAUCAGCUCCGAGAUCUUUCGCCAGAUAGAGGCCGUGGAGAAUGACCACGAUCCGAACACGGCGGCGGCCUUGGAGGCGGUGGAGCGACGCGGCGAGAUGAUAGUCCGCAUCCUGGAACCCCGUUGCAUGGGCAGCAAGCAGGCCGUGGAUGCUGCCCACAAGCUGAUGAACAAGGCGGAUGGAAGGCACACGGUGCAGCUGGUGGAGAUUGUCAAGCGGCCGGGACAGACGCUGGGCCUGUAUAUCCGCGAGGGCAACGGAGCAGAUCGCACUGAUGGUGUGUUCAUCUCUAGGAUUGCCCUGGAGUCGGCGGUCUACAACAGCGGCUGCUUAAGGGUGGGCGAUGAAAUCCUGGCGGUUAACUUGGUCGAUGUUACCCACAUGUCGCUGGACGAUGUCGUCAUCAUCAUGUCAAUUCCGCGCCGCCUGGUGCUAGCGAUACGUCAGCGGCGCGGCAAUCGCGGCACAGGUUCCCCAGGACCGCCGACGCUGUCGCGUCCGGAGCAGAAGCCGCCGCCGGUGGUGGUGAUCAAGCGGGAUCUGCGGGACGAGGAUCUGGACGAGACGGACCGGAUGCCUAGGCCGCGCUCAUCACGUGAAAGACGUACAGGAGAUGGCCGCGAAAUGACCGAGUCCCGAUCUCGCCUGGGCCUGGGCCUCAACAACUACAGUCCGCAGUCGGAGCAGCUGGACAUGUACUACAAUACCCGCGGUGGAGGCGGCGGCGGCGGAGGAGGAGGAGCCAUGGGUGAGCCCCCGAACUGGGGCUACAAGCCACCGCCACCGCCUUCUUCGGUGAUUACGGAGCAGCCGACGAAGGGGCAUGCUUUUGCGCCAUCGCAUGCUUAUUACCAGAAUGCUGGAACCCUAGAGAGUCUGGCCGAAAAGGUACAUGCCUUCUAUCCGGGACAGCCGGGAGGUCCGCCUGUGGUGGGUCCUUCGAGAAGGAUGUCCACGGGCACCGGCAACGUGGGUCUCGCCCAGCAGCACGCUCGAUUCCCGCGUUCCGGCUCGGAUCAGCACUUACCUCGCGUGGAGUAUGCCGACUACUCCAACUCCCUGGGGCGGCAUUCGCUGCUCCGCUCGAGCCUGAAGCCGGGGACAUCGGCUGGCGGAGCACCGAUGCCCGUGGGCGUGGGCGGCACCCUGGGACGCUACGGGCGUUACGACCAGCAGCGCGGCGGUGUGUCCAAGUACGGUCCACCAGCUGGCGGAGCACAGUCGCUGACACGUCGCUCCAGGCCCAACCUGGACUACUCCAGCGAUACGGAGGCGACCAUUGGACCGCGGCCAAGUUACUAUUACUACAAUCGUCCCGCCAUUGGCAGCAUGCCGCGUGGAGCGGGACCCGGUCCCGGUGCGGCUGCAGCGGCCGCUGCCAUGUUGGCCGGAACAGCGGAUCUCAAUAAGUUCAACUCGCUGCCCAGGGAACGUCCCGGGGUGAGAUUGGGUGGCAUUCGGUCGCGGAUGGGCGAUCGCUUGGUGGACGAGAACGAUGGCAAUACCUCGGCGCCCGAGUUCGAUGUGCGGCGGGGCAGAGAUCUGCGCCAGCGGAUCACCGCCAGUCCGUCGAUAUUCACGGCUGAUGAGUAUCGUGCCUGGCUGAGACGGGCGCCCAGCAGCUCGGCGAUUGCGGAACAGAUGCGAAUGACCCGGGAUAUGUUUGCCCAGCCCCGGGCGCAGAGAUUCUCCUGCAGCGCUGAGAAUAUCCACGAUGCUUUGAGAAAUACGGAGAGCAUCUACUCGAGCAGAACCCACAUCCUCGGCACCGGCACUCUGGAUCGCAAUAUGGGCUUGACCCGCCCAAUUUCCGCUUUGCCCGUGCGCUCCAUGUCCUCGCAGCAUAUCGGCGGAGCGGGUUCUAUACGCUCGCCUAGCAUACGGCGGAUGCGGCAGCUACUAGAGCUCUCUGCCGGCCCAGCCAGUCCCAGCGGCAGCAUCAUGAGCACCGGUGGCCACCAGAGUCCGGCACCGACGCCAAGUGCCACACUGCCCCGACAGCACCGUCAGAUCGACAUCAAUCCGGCGGAGUUUGCCAAGUACAAGCUGGACAAGCCGAUUGUGGAUAUCGGUGGUGUCUCCGGCAUGUUAUGGAUCCAUCUGCUGGCAGGUCGCAGCCUGAGAACGGCGCCCGAAGGAGCCAGCGGAGGAGCAGCACAGCCGGGACAGACCAGGGACUUGUAUUGCGUCAUCGAGUGCGAUCGCGUACACAAGGCCAGGACAGUGGUGCGUUCGGGGGAUCUGCAGUUCGACUGGGAUGAGUCCUUUGAGCUGGACCUGGUGGGCAAUAAGCAGCUGGAUGUGUUGGUCUACUCCUGGGAUCCCCAGCACCGGCACAAGCUGUGCUAUCGUGGAGCCAUCUCGUUAUCCGCCAUCCUGCGCCAGUCUCCGCUUCAUCAGCUGGCCCUGAAGGUGGAACCCAGGGGCACGAUAUACAUACGGAUGCGGCACACUGAUCCACUGGCUCUCUACAAGCGUCGGGGACUGCCCAGCCUGAGGGCUGGCUAUCCAACGCUCUUUGGCGCCGAUCUUGAGACGGUGGUAAACAGAGAGUCGAAGAAUGCGCCUGGAUGUGCGCCAGUACCCAUCGUCCUGAGGCGCUGCGUGGAGGAGGUGGAACGGCGGGGGCUCGAUAUAAUCGGGCUGUACCGACUGUGCGGCUCCGCCACCAAGAAGCGGCUGCUGCGCGAGGCCUUUGAGCGUAAUAGCCGUGCCGUGGAAUUGAGCCCGGAACAUGUUCCUGACAUCAACGUCAUCACCGGCGUGCUCAAGGACUACCUCAGGGAGCUGCCCGAGCCGCUGUUCACGCGCUGUCUCUUCCAGAUGACGGUGGAUGCCUUGGCUGUCUGCCUGCCAGAUGACCCGGAGGGCAAUGCGAAACUGAUGCUUAGCAUCCUCGACUGCCUGCCGCGGGCGAACAGGGCCACCUUGGUGUUCCUGCUCGACCACUUGUCGCUGGUUGUCUCCAACUCGGAGCGGAACAAGAUGUCCGCCCAGGCGCUGGCCACAGUGAUGGGUCCACCGCUGAUGCUGCAUUCGGCGAGUGCGCAGCCGGGCGCUGACAUUGAUCACGCCCAACCGAUCGCGGUGCUCAAGUAUCUGCUGCAGAUCUGGCCGCAGCCGCAGGCGCAGCAUCAGCAGCUGGCGCAGCACAUGGGCGGCGCUGCUGGGGCAAUGAUGGUGGGCGGUCUGGCCACAGCCGGCAGCAUGAGCAAUAUGGCCGGCGUUGCUUCAGGUCGGCGCGGCGAGUCAACAGGGCAGCGUGGAAGCAAAGUCAGUGCGUUGCCAGCGGACAGACAGGCACUUCUACUGCAGCAGCAGGCGCAGCUCAUGGCGGCGGGCAACCUACUGCGCUCGUCCACUUCGGUAACCAACAUACUCUCCCAAGGCCAUCCUCAGCUCUCAGCCACAGCCAACAGUCAUCUGUAUCAAUCAGUAGUGGGUCAGUUAGCUCAAUCGCAUCGAGCCUUGCAACAAGCGGUGCAACAGCCCUAUCAAUUGGGGGCCUCAGUGGGCUCAGCAAUUCCCGACCAAUCGCCACUGCCACUUCCAGGCACACCCUCCCCCGGCAGUAGUUCGGCCUCGACGGGCUCCGGCUCGGGCUCCGGCUCCGGAUCGGGUAAAAGCACGGAUACCAUCAAGCGCGGUGCCUCGCCCGUUUCCGUGAAGCAAGUCAAGAUCAUCGACCAGCCCUCCAGCCCCUAUUCCAUUGUGCAAAAGAAGCCGCCGCUGCAGAAGGAUGCGCCCAUUGAGAUCACCACGCCCACUACCCAAGCAGAGGCAACAGCCUCGGGAGGCAGCAAUGGCGGCGGAGCAACGGCACGCAAAUCCAAUGUGGACUUUUACGAACCGCACAAAUCGCUGUCCAAGAGCCUGGUGAACGAGGAAUCCAGCUACAGCUCCAAGUACUCCUCCGGCUUGGAUGCGGCCAAGAAGAGCAGCAGCUACGGAAAUGGAAAUGGCAGCAGCAGUUACACGCCCAGCAAAUCCAAUGCCGGAAGCAGCCUCUCCACCGGCGAUGACUACAAGGCCAUGAAAAACAAGUCGAGCGCCACCUCCAGCUCCAGUUCGUCGCAGGCCACGGUGCUGAGUGCUGGGUCCACGGCCACGUCGGCUCCGACCACCUCUUCCGAUGACUCGGAUGAUCUGGUCUCCUACAAGUCGUCGGCCUCGACGAACGCUCUGUUGGCCCAGUCGCAGGCCAUGACCACCAGCCAGCUGAUGUCCAAGUAUCUGAAGCGAGAGCCGCGAGUGCAAUUCACGCCGAUCAAGUCGCCGGACUCACCAUCGCCGCCAGGCGGAGGCGACGGGUUGCCCAAGGGCACCUACCAGCUGGUGGCGCCCAGUGCCAAGCCAGGAGCCACAACUGGAGCCAUAAGCAAGUACACCACAAGCUCGGCGGAUUCGAGUGCGAGUACAAACAGCCAGAAGCUGGCAUCGCCAUCGCGAGUCACCACCAGCAAGGUGGCCAGCAGCACCGCCUCCUCCUCGCUGGUGUCCACGGGCCGGCGACUGUUUGACAGUUUGGCCUCGUCCUCGUCCUCGGAAACGGAGACCAAGACCUACAUAGGGGCCAGCAGUAGCAGCACAACCUACAACAACGACACCAGGCACUCGGGCAGCAGUAGCAGUAAGUCGGGAAUGGGUGGGGGUUCGGGAACGGGAUCGGGUUCGGGAUCGGUAGCAGGCUCCGAGCACAGGAGCUAUGGCAGCACGCUCUUUGGCAGCAGCGGCCUAGGCAAUGGCAAUGGCAGCAGCCACAAUCAUUCGGGUAGCAAUCCCAGUCCCUUCACCACCACCAAUGGCAAUGGUAACCACAAUACCAUGCAUCUGUAUGGAACCCUGCCCAAGAAUGGCUCGACCUCGACGGGGGCAGCUCUGUUUGGCAGCUCCUCGGCGAGCAGCUCCUCCUACCACUCCAGCUCCGGGGCGGGCACUGCCAGCAGCAGUGGGGUAAGCUCCAUGACGGGCUCCACGAACAGCUAUGACUUUUACACGAGCAGCACUAGCUCCUCGAGCAGCUCGCGUCCCUUUGCCAAUGGGGGCAACAACUACCAUACUUUGGGAACUUAUAGGGCCCAGUAUGCGGCCACGAAUCCCUUCCUCGAUGCCUUCGAUGAGAAGCCGUCGGAGAAGAAUGGCGGAGGUGGCAGCGGUAGUAGUAACCAGGAUAAGCUAGGAGCCGACAAGGGGAAUCAUCACAGGACGACUGUGAUGGCGGCAUUCCAGUCCUCGGGUGACUCGAAGAACGGUAGCGAUGAGUACGAUGAUCUCAAGUAAGGAAGCACCAGUCGAUGUGGUUAGGAAAAAAGGGAAAAUAAACUAAAAGCUACGCUUAUGCGCGAGAUUUAAAAGAGAGAGUUUUUUAUUUAAAUGAUAAUUUCAGAGUAGGAUUUAGUCUUUCUAAAAUUGAGUUUUAUUUAGUAAACAAUUUUCCAGAUUUUUGUUGAUCCUUAAGCUUAAUUGUGUAAAUAGCGUUAACUAGGAACUUGAUUUUAAGAAGUGCAUAAGCGUAGUCCCAAAAAACGAAAGAAAAAGUACAUAAAUGAAUGCCAUACUAUGCUGAACGCCGUGUUCUUUUGAAGUAUUUACAGUUUACAAAUUUACAAGAUACAAAAAAGAUACAAAAAAGAUACGAAAAAGAAGCAAAUAAACGAAUAUAAAACCGUUAACGAAUCCACAACCAUAAAUAAACCAAGCGAAAUACCAAGUAAUAUGUGUGUUUAAUGGAAGCUUAGCGCCUUGGCAGCUUGAAAACUUCCUAAAAUAAAAAAUUAACAACGCAUUCAGCUAACAUAAAUCCGAAUUCAAUAACAUUUACGAAACAGUAUUUUUGAAUGAACUAAGUAUGUAUGAAAUAAAUGAUAACAAGUAAUUUAACAUUUAACAAAAAGGUUGAACGAGCAUUUAAUUUUUACAGAACAGAAACAGAGACAAAGCAAAGCCACACCACAGACAAUUUCUAUAAAUAUACAUACUAAACUUACUAUAUAUAACAUAUAUGCCUCUAAUACGCUGAUGACAUAUUUUUGCAUAUUUCCCUAGAAAGCUGUACAUACAUACCCCCCACUUACACACACUCCACGUCCUUCUAGCCGUAAUCUCUAACCACAGCCCCGAGCUACCGUGUGCUAUGUGUGUUUCAAUGUGACCAACUCUCUCUAUCUAUAUACUAUAUAUAUAUAUGGCAACCUACCUAUCUGAAUCUAAAUCUAAAUCGAAAUCGAACUAUUGGACGACUUUUUGAGCAAUAUAUACUUGCCUAAACAACAGUUUCUCUAUGCCUCUUAUACACAGACUUAUAUACAGGGGCCUAGGCCCACACACACACACACCACACACGGAUACAUACAAAUACAUGAAUUUAUUGACGAAUCGAUGUGCUUAGUUUUUGUAUGAAACAAAGUCUGAUAUACACACUAAUAUACAAUACAGUACAGUAUAAUAUUUAUAACCAUUUAAACAUAAUUAUAGAAAACAAUGAAGAAAAAAAAAACAAACAAAAAACAGACAAAAAAAUGAAAUAAAAUACAAAAAAGUAAAGCUAAAAAAUAUAUAUACCAUAAAAAAAAUAACAAAAAAUUAAACACGCUUUGCGAUUAAGACGGAUUUUACUGCAAUUAUGAUUCCCAAAGCUUUUUAUAACGUAUUGGCCAAGUACUGUGCUUAAUCCCCAAACAAGAAAUCGUAUAACAACCUACAUACCAAACAUAUUUAUAACAAAGUCAGAAACAUCCGCAUUAAAAAUAUACCCCCCAUUAAAAAAUGCUAUGAAACUGUAAAUACCCAAAAGGAAAUCAAUGUACUACUACAACGUUUGUGCUUUAGCUAGAGUAUUCAGUCUGGUCGGUCAGUUCAAGCUAGUUCUAGUCAUAGCAUCGCAGUUAUAUAUAUUAUAUAGCAUAGCGUUAAUCUAUUAUUUAAUUAGGCCAGCCAGGGAGCAUAGUAAGCAAUAAUAAAUCCACAGAAUAAAAAGGAAAUAGGGAAAAGGUAGAGAAAAUACAACCACUUCCUCCUUGACAAGAAAUUACAGUUCAAGUUCAUAUUCAAAUUUCUCAUCAAUUAACUCAAAAUGAUAUAGCCAAGAUUGUGCAUUAUUUGAUUUUAAUAAUUAAAUACAGAGUAAUCAAUCGAGGGAGUGUUUUUAAAUAGCAAAUUAUUCGGUUAAUUGUUGUCAGAUUUAUUUUAUACGAACGAAGGAACGGAGAGUGUUAAACAUGAUUCUCAAAAACCAAAAGAAAACCAAAGAGUUAUAAACCAUACAUACAUCUAGUUGAGGCAAAUUGAUUUUUAUAUAGUGAAUUGUUAAUUAUUGCAUAUAGCGAGUAGAGUUUUAAAUAAAACAAAUGAGGCGAGAUGCAGGAAAAGUGUUCAGUUGUAGCUGCCCCAAGAACCUGGUUAUUGAUUUUAGGAUUUUAAUGUCGUUUAACACAUACCAAAGAAACGUCAAUGUUACUACAGCUGUCGCCUUCGUUUUAAACACUAGUCUUAACCCAUAAUCGGAGAAACAAUACCCCAAAAGAGAGAUUAUCCCUAGAUAACCCUCGAUUCCCCUUGAUUCCCUCUUUGUUCACCCCAAAAAGCUUUAAUCGUUGAACGACCCCGACCCGAAGGUUACAAAUUCGAGACAUAUUCUACAAAUACCAGAUACUAACUAGUAGGAGCGAGUACUAUAGAGUCGGACAGACAGCACUUUGAUUGAUUUGCGAGUUGUUGUGGCUUCAUAGUCGUAGUUAGCUUAGCCCUAAGAUGUGGAUAAUGGUGGCAGACUGGGAAUAAUACGAUCUGAAGCUGGUCAGUUGGUGGUGGUGGUGGAGGACAGAUAGAACUUUUUGGGGAAAACGCUGAAGCUAUAUAUGCCUGGCUUUUGCCGCUUAAAGGGAGUGCUGCGCUUGUUUCUGGGCCCCGAUCCUGUUCGAUGAUAUGUAUUUGUACUUGUACUUUAGCAACCUUAAGCAGCAUACACUAUGGAAUAUAUAUCACUGUGUCAUAUCGUACAUUUAAAAGCAAGUAAAAGCUAACAAAUUGGAUGGAGGAAUGAGGGGUAAGGUAAAUUGUUAACGCAAAGUAUUCACACACGUAUAUAGAGAAAGUAUGUAUACAGAACCUAAAUUAAAAUGAAUAGCGGCCGAGCAGCAACUACAUAAUACAUAAUACAUAGUUAAAUACUAAACUAAACACGAUUGAUUGGCAGACAAGGCUACCAACAAGUACUACAAAUUGUAUAUGCAUUUAAUUUAGAGUAUAACUAACAUACUACUAACUAAACACACACCAAAUAACUGAUAACGAAACCGAAACCAAACUGUUGGGCGAAUGGCAAAUAUGAAUUGAUAAUUGAAAUCGAACUAAUUUACCGAAAUGCAUUGCACAAUAUCGAACACUUAUAAAAAUUAGCGGCAGUAACUAAGGCUAUACAUACAGCAAGUAAUACGCAUACGAAUAGAAUCGAAUACAGGUUCGGCCUCCACUUAAGUUCACGACUCGAAUCGAUCUCGGAGAAGGCAGUUUGAAUGGGAGAGAGAGCUCAGCUACGAUCUGGAUCCGGUUAAGUUGGAUAGUGCAUAUGCCUAAGUAUAUAAAUAUAUAUAUAUAUAGUGAAUGUGUGAAUUUAUGUAUGUAUUAAAUGUGCCUAAACUUUCAUUUACUUUUCCACAAAGAAGAUCCCUCCUUCGUUUGUUCGUUUCCCCCCUAAACCACCCCCACCUUUGAGAACGCUUUGACCGGGGAUUUUUCCAUUUUUCGAUUUAUCGAUUUUUCGAGCGGGGCAAAGAUUUCUUCUGUCGAACUUAACAAGUAAAUGGAGACCAAAUGCUCAGGGCUUUAGCGAGUUAUAACAUAGUAGGCGUAAUAUACAAAACAACAAAAAGAAAAACUUACAAACUAAGUGUAACCACACACAUCACGAGCAUGCUCCAUCAAACGUUAGGCAAAAUGCGUUUUUUCUUUUGCUAAGUUUAAACUGAAACCUAUAACAUCAACAACAAGAACAACAACAACAGCAGCAGCAGCCACAACAACAAGAACAAUCCAGCAAACAAAUUUACAAAAAUCCAAGCAAUCAAUUUGUUGAAAAGACUGAAAACAAAAAAAUAAAACAAAAAAAGAACGAAGAAUACCAACAAGCAACUCUCUACCGAGAGAGAUAGAGAGAAUUUGCGUAGAGAAUCGAGAAUCAGAGAAACCCAGAAAAAAAUGCGAAUAUUUUGCAGAAGAUCCCCAAGUCAUGGAAAGUCUCAGAGUUUCAUUUUAGGUUCAGAGCCUUUUGUUAAACGAGAACUUCUUCAUUUGAGAAACCCUUUUCUAGCGCGUCAUUGAACUUUAACGAGGUGUAAACAUAAAAAACGGAAAAACCUAAAGUAAUAGUGAAAUAUUAGCGGAAAUAAUACAAAUAUUACCACCAGCAUUUUGCUACCUACUUAAUAUGCAAGUUUAAUAAUUAAAUGCAAUAAGAAAUAGUCUAACAAAUAGUUCAAAAACCUAUCGAAGGGCAGGCGGAAGGAACACAGGCGAGGGCGAGCGUAAACAAUACCCUAAAGAAUACAAUCUAAUGGCAAAAUUAAUUCCGAUCGUACUUUGAAAUAAUUUUCUAAAACCCACCAUAUAUAAAAAAGAGAACAAAUUAAACUUAACGUAAAUCUAGAUCUUUCCGUUUGCUACCAUGAUAAAAAAAAACUAGCGCCUUCUUCGUUUGGUCCUCUCCUAAUAACUAAAUGCUUAGAAAACCCAAGAACAAUUAAUGGUAUAAUAAACAUAUGUAUAUAUCUCUAUAUACGUAUUGCGAUUCUCAGUACUUAUAUAAGCAGACAGCUAUCAGACAAAGCGAAGCCACAACGGAAGCGAAAGCGGAAGCGGAAGCGGAAGAACCGAACCCAACCAACUGACACGAACGAGCAUUUCGAGGAGACGACAACACAUUAGCGAGGAUUCGUUAGAACGGAUAAUACUCUGAUUUACCACUGCCACAAAGAAACAAACAAAACAAACAAGUAAAAAGUAACAAGUAAAUUGUAACGUUAAUAUAGACAUUAAGCCCCAACCGGGCGCUACAUUACACAUAUACUUUGCAUAUAGCGAUAAAAAUGAUAUAUAUUGACAAGUGACUAAUUUGACACAAGGACACAAGGCGGAAAUCCAAUUGCAAUUACUUAUAUACAUAGUGUGCGCCGUGCAUCGUGUGAUUGCCCAGCGAGCGCGCAAGUAAACUUAACAUUAUUAUUUUAUCCGAACAAAAUAACAAUAAUAAUUAUCUCAUAAUUCUGACAAGCAAAAAACCAAUUACAAAAAAACUAAACCCCCAAUCGUUCUUUG